AUGCCACCGAAAGAUGGGGAAAAUAAGAGAUGUGUUAAUAUCGCGGCGUCUCAGAACGAGUAUCCUAAAAUAGACGUCAGCGAGCGCCGAGUGCGGCGUAUAUUAGCGUUGUCCUGGCAGGAAAUUGUUGCUAUCGGCCCUCGCACGAUCAGCCGAUAUGGUAUGGCGCAGGCUGAUGAUGGGGAGGUGAGGAGCGACUACAUAACAACUAAACUGAUGAGAAGGGUAUGUGUGGGCGGCACUAUAGGGAGGUUGUUCAUAGUUGAUGAUGAAGGGUGGCUACAUGUCUUGCACAGGUCGGCGAGUGGUGGUAGCGGAAGUCGUCAUUAUGUUGAUGAUGGGAAGAGGAAGGGGAAUGCGGGGAAGAGGAGACGGGAAACUAAGGUGCGGGGUGAUCUCAGUGGAAGAGAUGGGAUGGAAAUGGAGCCGGAGCCUUAUCUUGAUACGGCAUCAUAUGUGCGAACGAUCCAUGCGGAGUUAUCACUAUCGCCGAUAUUGGAUUUCCAAUUACCUGCUAACACUGGGCGGGACUUGCUCAUGGUCACGGGUCGAAGUGAGGCUUCAUCGAUGUGGUUUGAGGAUGAAGGAGUUGGGGAGUGUCGAGUGGCCGAGUGUGUCGAUGAUGUGGAGUAUUGGACUGCCAAGAGGAUCGUCUCUUUUGUUACGUUGGACUUCUCUGAUGUGUUCAUAGAUGAGCCCUCGAUUUGGUGUGGCGGAGUGUCGAAUCUCGUCGUACAAGUUUCAAAAGGAGCGGUCCGAUGGGUUGACGUAUCGUCUUCCCCACCAGUCCUGGUUCGCUCGGAUGAGGUUGAGAAUGGACGGUCAUUCGUAGCUGCUACUGGUGAUGGUGACACGGUGGUGACAGUUGAUGAUUGUGGGCGAGCUUGGAUACGUCAGAUGAAGGAUAGGGGGAGGGUGGAAACUACUGAGGUUUCCUUUGGGAAGUCGUUGGUUGGAGUGUCAUGUGUGGCAUACGACUCUAGUUCGAGCAUGUUGGCGGUCGGGUUGUGGCCGAGUGUGGGUGAAGAAUCAUCACAGGGGAAGCUGAUGUUAAAGGAAAUAGGAAACAGAAAAGGUCGAGGAAGAUUCCGAACUCCUCUUGAGAUACCGUUGGGAAGUUCGAGAGUUGAAUCUUCGGUGACACGGUCGAUAGUAGUGACAUCGAGGAGAUCGCUUGGUAUGAGUUCGGCGGCCGAGGUCAUUGAUGUUGGUGGCUUCCGUCCGAUAAGCCUGUCGAAGUUACCGUCGAUCAAUGGGUUGUUCGUGAGAGGUACAUACCCGUACCUCCUGACAGCAGAUGACGAAGGGGCUGAGCUGAUGUGUAGGAAUGUGAACCCAUUGCAGGGAGGAGUCGCUGUUGAGUGCGCUGUUGAAUUUGGAGAGGAAAGGGCAUUUGCGAUGAGUGCUGGCCAAAAGGACAGUCACGUGGCGGUGAUGGCGUUGAUGACGUCGCAGCCGUCUUUGGUAUUCGCCUCGCUGAGUACGGAUGAGCCGUGUGAAUUCCAGACGAGACGAAGAGCUGUUGGGGAAGGGCAAGCGGCAAUGCAUGUUGAACAUGUGACUGGUGAUAUGUAUGCAGUAUCGACUAUUACGAUAGAGGAACGGCUGAAUGAGGAUAAAGGGAAGGAAAAUACGUCUGAUAACAACAAUAGGAGGGGAGCGUCGUCGUCGAGCAGUGUGCGUUUGAUGAACGGCUCGAGUCUACGAGAGAUUUACUGUAUCCCAGCUGAGGAGGAUGUGGACAUGCCUGCUGAUGAUGAUGAGGAGGAGGAGGAGAGCACUGUGGAGGUGGUUUCCUUAGCCACAUUCAAUCUUGGAGAUGCUGAGGACAGCGGCAUAGUAUAUCUCUGUGUGGGCUCAUGUGUGGUGCCAGCAAUGGCAGGACGAUCGGAGACUGACGAGGCGGAGCCUUCGAAGGGGUUUGUCAAAGUGUAUAGAAUCGAUCCAACAGCGUCUCUCCUGAGCGGCUCCAAGGCAGAAGUCUGCGAACAAGUGGCUACAGUAGAGGUCGAGGGAGUUCCCUACCAGAUGGCAUCUAUGGUCGAUGCCGAAAACCCUCGAUACGAAUUCCCCUUGUGGCCUACAGCUAUUCAGUUUUUGUCGAAUGGGAAUAUUCUGGUUGCUGAUGAUCGAUUUAACCUCUUCAUUAUGGAGAAGCAAAAAGAGAUCGGUGGUAGCCAUUCAGAUUCUCGCGGAUAUUCCCUUCAGACGGUUGGUCAGCUGCAUCUCGGUCUUCUCGUUAAUUGCAUCCGUCCCGGUAUGUUAAGUUCUACAAUGCCGCCGUCGAGUCGAGGCUCCAACGGAGAACAUCGUGAUGAGUACCUCCUUUGUACGAUCGAGGGAGCAGUGGUGUCGUUGAAGGGUAUUGAUGACACGGGUAUUGGAAGGAUGUUGCAGAUUCAGCAUGCCAUAGCAGUAAAUAUCCAUCAACAGAGUUCUGGAAGCCCUUCUGUUGACGCUAGAGUCGAUUGGAAGCUCUUCCGGUCGAUUGACUCGAGCACGCUGCCGAGUAGCGGUGGUGCAUUAGACCCAUCAGGAUUCGUCGAUGGGGAUUUGUUGGAACUGUUCUUAGUUAUGGCUGAUGAGCUUGCGGUGAAAACGGCGAAUACUCUCUGUGAUGGAACAGAAGCUGACGAGUUGGUUAAAGAAGUUCGUGGUAUUGUUGAUAGUUUCGCGUAG